AUGUUUAAGGAGCAUUUUCUUUAAUUUCUUCCUUAAGAAAUUGCAAGUUAGUUUCAAAAUUAACGAUUUAAUUAGGAUUUAACAACCUAGUAAGUUAAACAUAAUCAUUAACAAAUAGAGCUAAAAAAAUUAAGAGAUUAGUAUUUCUUUAUAUUAAAAUUUGAAUUAAAAUGA